UCGGGGCACUUCCUGUUUCCGGCGAGGGCCAGCGUGAGUGUUUACACCGGCGGCUCGGCGGCCGGGUUCCUUCCGCGGAACGGGGAGAAAGAGAGAGCGCGAAAGAGAGAGGAUGUCUCUCUCAGACUGGCAUCUGGCGGUGAAGCUGGCUGACCAGCCACUUGCCCCAAAGUCCAUCCUUCGGUUGCCAGAGACAGAGCUGGGAGAAUACUCACUGGGGGGCUAUAGUAUCUCAUUUCUGAAGCAGCUCAUUGCUGGAAAACUCCAGGAAUCUGUUCCAGACCCUGAGCUGAUUGAUCUGAUCUACUGUGGGCGGAAGCUAAAAGAUGACCAAACCCUUGACUUCUACGGCAUUCAACCUGGGUCCACAGUCCAUGUUCUGCGCAAGUCUUGGCCCGAACCUGACCAGAAACCAGAGCCUGUGGACAGAGCGGCUGCCUUGAGGGAGUUCCGGGUGCUGCACACCGCCCUGCACGGCAGCUCCUCCUACCGAGAGGCGGUCUUUAAGAUGCUCAGCAAUAAGGAGUCCUUGGACCAGAUCAUUGUGGCCACCCCGGGCCUCAGCAGUGACCCCAUUGCUCUCGGGGUUCUUCAAGACAAGGACCUCUUCUCUGUCUUCGCUGAUCCCAGCAUGCUGGAUACGUUGGUGCCUGCCCACCCGGCUCUGGUCAACGCCAUUGUGCUGGUUCUGCACUCAGUGGCGGGCAGCACCCCACUGCCCGGGGCAGACUCCUCUUCCCGGAGCAUGCCCUCCAGUUCCUACCGGGACAUGCCAGGUGGCUUCCUGUUUGAAGGGCUCUCUGAUGACGAGGAUGACUUUCACCCGAGCACCAGGUCGACGCCCUCUAGCAGCGCACCCAGCUCCCGCCCAGCCUCCCUGGGGUACAGCGGAGCCGCUGGCCCUCGCCCCAUCACCCAGAGUGAGCUGGCCACCGCCCUGGCCCUGGCCAGCACUCCGGAGAGCAGCUCGCACACGCCAACUCCCGGCACCCAGGGCCAUUCUUCAGGCACUUCACCAAUGUCCUCCAGUGUCCAGUCAGGGACACCCAUCACCAAUGAUCUCUUCAGCCAAGCCCUACAACAUGCUCUGCAGGCCUCCGGGCAGCCUAGUCUCCAGAGCCAGUGGCAGCCCCAGCUGCAGCAGCUGCGUGACAUGGGCAUCCAGGAUGACGAGCUGAGCCUGCGGGCCCUGCAGGCCACUGGGGGUGACAUCCAAGCAGCCCUGGAGCUCAUCUUUGCCGGAGGAGCCCCCUGAACUCCCAGCCCCCCACCCCCCUCGUCAGGCCACACAUGAAGGUGGCUCCGGGUCCCCUCUCCCCAAUACACGUAGCCGAUGGCCACCUG